AUGCGCCAAAUGUCAGCAGUGGCAGUGGGCGCUGUCGCUGCGCCGCGAGCUGUCCGCGGCGAGCGUGGAGGCCGACGCCGUCGCCUACAACGCCGGCAUCAGCGCCUGCGAGAAGGGCAGGCAGUGGCAGCGGGCCCUGUCGCUUCUCAGCGAGAUGCGGGAGGCGAAGCUGGAGCCCACCAUCUUUCCUACAACGCUGGGAUCAGCGCGUGCGAGAAGGGCGAGCAGUGGCAGCGGGCCCUGGCGCUGCUGAGCGAGAUGCGGAAGGCGAUGCUGGAGCCCGACGUAACCUGCUACAAUGCCGGGAUCAGCGCGUGCCAGAAAGGCGAGCAGUGGCAGCAGGCCUUGGCGCUGCUGAGCGAGAUGCGGGAGGCGAGGCUGGAGCCCGACGUCACCCAAACUACGACGCCGGGAUCAGCGCGUGCCAGAAGGACAAGCAGUGGCAGCGAGCUCUGGCGCUGCUGUGCGAAAUGCGGGAGGCGAAGCUGGAGCCCAACCUUCAGCUACAACGCCGGGAUCAGCGCGUGCGAGAAGGGCGACCAGUGGCAGCGGGCUUUGGCGCUGUUGGGCGAGAUGCGGGAGGCGAAGCUGGAGCCCGACGGCAUCAGCUACAGCGCCGGGAUUAGCGCUUGCGAAAAGGGCGAGCAAUGGCAGCGGGCUCUGGCGCUGCUGAGCGAGAUGUGGGAGAUGAAGAUGAAGCCCGAUAUCAUCAUAUCUUCAAUUACAACGCUGGGAUCAGCGCGUGCCAGAAGGGCGAGAAGUGGCAGCGGGCGUUGGCGCUGCUGA